AACAUUUUUGCUUAGAUUUUCUCUAUUUUUUUUCAUUAUCAUCUAAAAAAAGAAACCUUUUUUAGUUUUUUUUUUUUUUUUAAUUGGGUUAUGUCAUUUUUCUCCUUCUCACACAUGCUCACAUCCAUCCCAUAUCCUUCUCUUCUUCCUCUAUCCAUCUAAAAAGAGGGGAAAAAAAAAAACCCAGAAUCAGAUUAAGAGAGAUUCUAAAAAAUUUCCAGUCUUUUUGUGUUUCUCUUGCAGUAAUCAUUGAUUUUGUUGUAAAUUUGAAGACCCUUUUUACCGAUCUCUGUUUGUGUGUUCCAAGAAGCUAAGUCUAUUUAUUGUCGCCAUGGUCCUCAUGGGUCAGAAUUGAUUGUUCACGAAAGUUUUCUUCUCUUCCCCUUUAUUCUCGUGCCGAGUAUGAAUUUGUGUUAGUUUCUUGGAGCUGGGGCCAUGGUUAGUGGCCAUAUCUUUCCACUUAAAGGCAGAAGUUGAAUUUAGCUUGUUCCUAUAGUUGAUUCUAGUCUCGGCAAUCUAGAAGGAUUUUGAAGGGUAAGUUUCAAGGAUCUGAUUGCAGCAUGGGUUACAUAUGUGAUUUCUGUGCGCAACAAAGGUCGAUUGUGUAUUGCCGAUCUGAUGCUGCAGCUUUGUGCUUAUCUUGUGACCGAAAUGUUCACUCUGCUAAUGCCUUGUCAAGGCGCCACUCGAGAACAUUGUUAUGUGACCGGUGCCAUUCACAAGCAGCAUUUGUUAGAUGUCCUGAAGAGAAUAUUUCACUUUGUCAAAAUUGUGACUAUAUGGGGCAUAGCUCAUCUGCCUCCAUUUCGUCUCGAAAGAGGCAACCAAUCAAUUGUUACUCAGGCUGCCCGACGGCUGCAGAGCUCUCAUCUAUCUGGUCAUUUGUUUUAGAUCUCCCUUCUGGAAGCGACGCUUGUGAGCAAGAAUUAGGAUUGAUGAGCAUUGCCGAAAAUAGUGCUGUAAAUGCCUGGGGCCCUAAUGAUAAAGCUGGUCAAAAUGUUUCUGGUGUAGAUGAAACCAAUGAGUUCUCAAGUGUGGAUAAAUCAAUUUGGUAUGGAUCGUCUUCAAUGCCUCACAUUAUGGACCAACCGAUUACUAUGGAUGCAACUUCACCCAAGUUGCACUAUCCUGGAACAAAAGGUCCUGAACUCGAUAUCGAAGAUGAUCUAUACGAGAGUUUGAAUAUGGAUGAAGAUAGUUUGAAUAUUGAAAACUAUGAAGAACUAUUUGGUGUAUCUCUCAGUUAUUCUGAAGAACUGCUAGAGAAUGGUGGUAUUGAUAGCUUGUUCAGGAUGAAAAACUUAUCUGCCGCUAAAUCUGGUUGCCCUGGUGGGGCGGCUGCAGAGGGGGCAUCGGUCAGUUUUGUUAAUAAUGUGAUGCAGCCUGCAAGCAGUAAUGCAGCAUCGGCAGAUUCCGUUAUGAGUGCGAAGACUGAACCAGUUCUUUGUUAUAACAAUAAGCAAGAGCACUCCGGCCUAUCGUUUUCUGGCAUGACUGGAGAGAGUAGUGCAGGAGAACAUCAAGACUGUGGAGCUUCAUCAAUGCUUCUAAUGGGAGAGCCGCCAUGGUGUUCUAUGGCCACUGAGACUUCCUUUCAGUCAUCCAAUCGUAGCGAUGCUGUAAUGCGCUAUAAGGAAAAGAAGAAAGCUCGAAAGUUUGAAAAGAAGGUGAGGUAUGCCUCUCGCAAAGUUAGGGCUGAUACUCGAAGACGUGUCAAGGGGCGCUUUGUCAAAGCCGGAGAAGCUUAUGACUAUGAUCCAUUGAGUCAAACCAGAAGCUACUGAAAGUUCAACUUUAGGAUUUCAAUGAACACGAAAAAGAAAAAAAAAAAGGAUGUGGCUUAAGGGUUCGACAUUGUACUCUAGUCUAUGGAUAGAUAUCGAAAUAUCAGUGUCAGACAGGAAGUAUAAUCAUAUACAAAGGAACCUGAGUUUUCAUCAGGUAGAUGUACAAAAUCCAGGUCUAAUAGCUUUAUCGGUUUAACUUGAGGGGCCGAAAAAUCUGUAUCCAUUACCACCUAAAACGAACAAAGGAUCGCAAAUAUUGGCCUCCCUGACAAUGUACAUUUCCGAGCUCUAAGCAACGGGUAUAGUUUUCUUUGCUAAUCAAUGCAGCUUCAGCUCCUUUGCUAUGUACUUAAAAUUUGAAAAAAAAAAAAAAAAGACCAUACUGAUCUGAUCAUUGGCUGGCAAUGGCUGUGUUCUCAACAUGGAAGUUACCUCUUCCUCCUCCAUGCUUUUGGCUACUUGACAAACAUGGCUGCACCAAAUUCACAGUUUCCAGGUAAUCUUAAUUCCCUUUUCAACUGACUUGUAAAUUUGAUAAAAUCUGUUUAUUUGAUGAGGUAGAAAUAUGCAGCCAGAACAGUUAUAUUUGGGACAAAACUCGAACUGUUGUAACUUAAAAUUUCCUUAAUGGCACAUAAUGAAUGUAUAUGUUGCAAAGAUUGGUAUUAGUAUUUAACCAAUUUUGUAUUAUAUUCUCUCUUUUUCCCCCAAAUUACUUCACAAUGAUAUUAAUAGUUUAUAUUCUGUCAAGAGCUCGUAAGUUCGAUGUGCAGGACAUGGCGGUUGCGUUGGAAAGUCCAAAAGGCAUAUAACCAAAUCAAGCAUCUAUACGCACAAUGUUAUUUAUGGCUCAUCUACUACUCCCACAAUACAAAUCAUGUUUCAAUAUGGAAUUCACUAUAUUUUUCCUUUUUAUUUUUAUUUUUUUGGUCAAAUUGGAUGGAAGAUGAGAUUGAGAGUAUGACAUAGCCCAAACCUCUUGCAUACUUUUAACUCCUUGUGAUGGUUGACUUCAACAUAUUCUGAAAAGAUGAGAAUGUUAUAUUCUUUUAAUAGGGUAAAAGAGGACCACUUUGUUUGGAUUCUUUUUUAA